GCUGCUGAUGCUAUUUCGAUUCGGUACUGUGGUAGCCAGGACAGACAUCAUUGAGACAGAGGCAAGAGGUGACAUUCGACCCAGGGAUCUGUUCACACUCGGGGUUAUGCCUGACACACGGGGGGCGUGUGACGUCAGCUGCAAUGAGCGCCCAGUUGAUCACACUGGAAUCACAAUUCGACGCAUUGUGCAAAUUGGGCACAAGAAAAACACCAUUUCUUUUUGUAAAGAGAAAGAUAUGAAUGACUUAAGUAGAGCAAUUUCUACAACUUCUGCACCAAUUGUGCAGCUGGGGAACAAUAACGUUGUACAUGUAUGCAUGGGUGACAAACUCCCCCUGAACAUACUGGUAGGAGACACGGUCGUCGUGUACGUCCCCCCUGAAUGUAACGGCAGGCCCCGAGUGUUUGUCUGCGAACAGAGAGGACCCGACAACCAGAUCGUUACUCAAUGUCACCUCAAGUCGCCACGGAUCUUUGAACGUCGGAGAUUUGCCAACUUCCGGCGACCGUGCUGUCACGUGACCAGAUCUGUCCUGCUACCAACUGCUUCCGGCUCCAGUAAGACAGCUGCGGACCGUGAUACGACCUUGACCUCCCAGGAUUGCGAUGUCCUGACCAUCAGGCAUGGUGGCACUCACCAGACUCACCCAAGGGGAAGAGGGAAACCUUGCUGCAGGAAGUACCCGCUCGUCCAUCCCAUCAGGGUCAAGGUCGACAGAAAGCAUGGCUACGUACCCUUCGUGCCUGAGAAGAUCCUUCACCGCGACUAAGAGGGUUGUAUCCCUUCCUUAUGCUAAGGGAGCUGUGUCAACACGUGUGUCCUUAGUGUAAGGAAGGGGACAUCUUUGUGGAUGUCGCGUGAAAACAUUCUCAGGCAGUUUCGAAAGAUUGUAUUCAUUCCAGUAAGGAAUAUCCUGUAGGCCAUAUUGGCUUAUAUCUAUAUACCAUCAGACGUAUAUCUAUGAAUUCUGUACAUUGAUCCUUUUUAAUUUGCAAUGUUGUUUUAUAUAUUAUACUGUCAGUUUGUAUUAUAUGUACAUGUAUAUUUAGUAUAGACCAUGUACCCUUGUAAGCCAUAUUGGCUCAUAUAUAUGACAUCUGUACAUUGACCACUCAUAUCUUGCAAUGUUAUUAUAUAUAUUAUUAUGUUAUCUUGUAUAAUAUAAACAUGUAAACUGAUGAGCAAAAGAAACUACACCUCUCCGUUGAUUUGAUUAUGAGGUUUAUUUUUAAUUGAAAAUAUGCUAAGUUAGCGAUAGUGAACUGUGAAAAUAUGAUUUCAUAUAAAACUUAUAAAACUUAAAAAGUGAAAAUUCACAUAAUUGGUACGUUAGACAUCUUAUCUUUAAAAUACAAUAAAUUUGCUAUUUUCGGCAAACAUUUACAUUUCAAACAUGGUUGGGGUGAUGUUAUUGCAAAUUAAUUUCUUACUCCAGGUCUUCAGCAACCCAUGCUUGUCGUGAGAGGCGACUGACGGGAUCGGGUGGUCAGGCUCGCUGACUUGGUUGAUGCAUGCACGUCGAUGCUCAUGAUGUCAAUCACUGGAUUGUCUGGUCCAGACUCGAUUAUUUACAGACCCGCGUUCAUAUAGCUGGAAAAUUGCUGAGUGCGGCGUUAAACAACAAACAACAACCAUCUUACUCCAGUCUUAAUUAAAUUAAUAUAUUUUGUCACAAGUUUAUCUAGCCACAGAUAACUUUUUACAAACUGUUGCAGUAAAAGUUGAAUAGACAUAAUCAAAUUUAACAGUUCUUUCAAUUUCCAAUAUCUUAAACUCGGCAUAAUUUCCUUUGUCCCUCAGUAUAUAUUUUUAUACACCAUGUACCCUUGUAAGCCAUGCUGGCUGCAAAUAUGUUUUUGAAUACGCAAAUGUUUGUGAGACAUACCCAAUUCUGAAUGUAUAAUAUGUACACCGACCACUGUACGCCGCAUCGAUUGAUAUUACAUACAGCUCAUUUGUGCUAAAAGCGGCGUAACUGAAGCCACUUAAUCAUGCUUUCAUAUGAGCGAUUGAUGUGUAGCCUGCAGAGAUUUCUUUGAUUAGAAAACCAGCAAAGCUUAUUUCAUGUGCGACGUUAUGAGUGUGUGUGUAUAUUAUUGCAUAUCUUAAGAGGAACG